AUGGCGACUGGACGUGAAGGGGAGGGCGAAGGAGUCUUGACUCCGGCAAUGAGCAAGAAGAGGGGCACAAAGAGACCUGCUGAAGUUGCGGACCUAGACCAAGAGGACCAUUUGAAGCCUACCCCAGCAAAACUCCACGAGAGGGAACAUGUGCCAGAAAGCGACUCAAGCAACACCCAGGAAACUUCUGACAAGAAAGCUGCAUCCCUGCAGGGAACUGGAGCAAGCUCCUCAGAGUCCGUGAAUCUCCAAUACUGCUUGGUGAGCGAAGAGGCUGGGAUUCAGCCGGCUCUGGCGAACCUCCAUUCUGCAUCCCUGCAGGGAACCAGGGCAAGCCCUUCAGAGCCUGGGAAGCUCCAGUACUGCUUGGUGAGCGAAGAGGCUGAGAUUCAGCCGGCUCUGGCAAAGCUCCGCCAGCGAAGCGAGGAAUAUCCGUUCCUGGCGGUCGACUGCGAAGGGGAAUGGCUAAGCCGCAGAGGAAAACUCUCCAUUGUGUCUGUGGCAACGCACAGCCACACCUACCUGUUCGAUAUUAAGGCCCUUGGAGCCAAGGUCUUCGAUGAGGGCCUUAAGGAGUUACUGGAGGACCCUGGCCGGGAGAAGCUGAUGUUUGACUGCCGAGAGGACUCCGAUUGUCUCUGGCAUCUGUAUAAAGUCAGGCUGGCCAAAGUGGUCGAUCUGCAGCUUUUGGAGUUUAUUCGUUCCGGCCAAACUCCGUCAGCAAGAACCCAUAUCAAUGGCUACCGUAAGUGUCUGGCUAAAUAUGUCGGCGACAUGAAUCUCACGAGAAUAAAGGACGAGGGCGCUUCGUUGAUGGGCGAAGGAGGGACAGAGUGGAUGAAGCGACCCUUGAAGGAGAAACUCCUGAAGUACGCUGCGCUCGACGUCCAGGGAUUCUUCCUACUCUACGACAAGCUGAAGUCAACCUUGAAUAGGGCCGGGGCCAAGACACGCCUGCAACUCGGCUCCCAGAGGUACCUCGACCUCUUCCGGGGAAAACUUUACCGAACCUAUGACCGGUCCGAACUGAAUAGUUACUUGCCCCGGGGCGUACUCGACCACUAAAGAGUCACUAUCAUCAGCAACCGCACUUGUUGUGGUUGCCAAAGGAGGGUAUUCCCUGAUUGGAAUUUCAAAUCAGAAUUAAUGUGCGGUGUGUGUUUAAUGAAAAGGUGAGAGUUCCUUUUAACUUUUGUAUACAUCAAUUCACAAAAAUCAGGCGUUCUUUGUGUGCAUAUGUGAUUAGUGCAGUGUAAUGUAUUUAAAUGAAAAAAAAAAUACUUUGCCAAAAAAAAAAAGUUUUCAUAUCACGACAGUACUUCAAAAAACUUGCACACACACCUGUCUUUAUGAUUAUAAUCCCCCAGGUGCCACUAAAAUGUCCCCAAGUUCUACAACAUUAUAGGCCUUAUGCACGAGUUGGCCAUUUUUGUCGAGUUCCCUGAAUGUAUAUCAAUAAUGGUUAACUGUAAGUUGAAUAUAAUGGCGCCAGACCAUUUAUGCAGGCAUAAUCCAGCCUUAUUUUACUGUCAUUUUUUUUUUAAAAUCUGGCUUUAAACAUUA